UCUAGCAUUGGACUUGCUCUAAGGAGGCUCUUCCCUCCCACUCUUUUGGUUACAUCAUUCCCAUAGAUAUCUAUUUUCUCCAAUAUCCAAAUAAUUUCAUUUGAAAUCUUCAAGUUUUUCAACUUGUUUGAAUCAUGCACUGUUUCUUUUCUGUGGAUUUGUAACUGUCCCUUUAAAACUGCAACUCUUAGUCUCAUUAAAUUCAGUGAGUUUGAAUUUAUCUGUUUUUUCACCUUGAUUAUAUGGAUAACAUCAUAAAAUUGAGCUGUAGCAGUUUUUUAUUUUUAGCGUAAACUCUAUCUGGUAUUUCAAAACAUCCCCCCACACAUUUUUUUCUCCUAUUCUUUGUCUAUACAUUCUGUCUGUGUUUCUCAUAUCUCUUUCAAAGAUGGGGAAAGCAACAAGGUGGUUGAAGGGCUUGUUUGGGAUGAAAAAAGAUAAAGACCCGGCAGAAAACUCGACUUCCGGUGACCGGAAAAACAAGAACGGCCAGAAUGUUGGCCACUCGGGCAGAGGCUCAACUGGGCUACUUCACAAUCAUGCUACUAUACCUCCUAAUAUCACUCCGGCUGAGGUUUCAUGGUUGAAGUCUAAUUUCUUUAAUGACUCAGAUAGUGAGCAAACUAAGCAUGCAAUUGCGGUGGCUGCUGCAACAGCUGCCGCAGCAGAUGCUGCUGUAGCUGCUGCACAGGCGGCAGCGGAAGUCGUUCGCCUGACUAGCCGGGCCAACAUGCUGGGUGGUGGCCGGGAGAGGACCGCUGCAAUCAAGAUUCAAAGUCUUUUCCGGGGAUAUUUGUCAAGAAAAGCACUCAGGGCAUUGAGAGGACUGGUGAAGCUACAAGCACUUGUGAGAGGUUUUCUUGUACGAAAACAAGCAACAGCAACGCUUCAUAGCAUGCAAGCUUUAAUAAGAGCACAAGCUACUGUCCGUGCCCAAAGAGGUAGUGCAUUUAUCAGGAAGGAUAGUGAAAGAUUUCAAUCCCUUUUUAGAGCUCGAAAAUCCAUAAAAUGUGAUGAAACAAGGAGUGAACACGCAACAUCAGUUCACAGCAGGAGACUUUCAGGAACAUUUGAUAACACAAUUGAUGAAAGUCCGAAAAUUGUAGAGGUAGACACAGGAAGGCCUAAAUCAAGAUCCAGAAGAAGCAACACAUGGGUUUCAGAUUGCAUCGAUGACCCGCAUAGCCAAACACUCUCCUCACCACUCCCAUGUCGGGUUCCAUCACGUAUAUGGAUACCCGAUUGCCGGAAUUGUCAAGAAUCUGACUGGGGACUCACGGGUGAUGAAUGUCGGUUCUCGACAGCCCAAAGCACUCCUAGGUUUGCUAAUUCAGCAGGGUCCAACGCACCGCUUACACCGUCUAAGAGUGUCUUUUUAGAUGGUUUCUUUAGGCAAUGUACUAAUUCUCCGAGUUAUAUGGCAAGUACACAGUCAUUUAAGGCCAAAUCGAGGUCUCAAAGUGCUCCAAAACAGAGGCCAGAGGCAGGGCAAGGGUCAAGAAAGAAGCUUUCACUUCAUGACAUGAUGGAGUCGAGAAGUAGUUUAAGCGGGGUUAAAAUGCAAAGAUCAUGUUCUCAAGUCCAGGAUGUGGUUACUUUUAAGAAUGCUAUUAUGGGCAAGUUGGAUAAGUCUGCAGACUUAUCCAAGUUUUAAGAGAAGUACUUUUAAGGAUGUGAUUACCAAGUUUCUUAAGGCAUGAAGCAGGAGUAGGAUUGUGUUUGUGUUUUCUUCUGGGGUAUGUAACAAAAAAUGGGACUAGAUUGUGAUAGAUGAGAGUUGGAUCGUGUGUAAAAAGCUAUAGCCAGGAUGUGAUUUAGGAUGUGGCAGAAUUGGUAGCCUAGAUGUCUUGCGAAUUAUGUAAAAGUUGUGAAAUUAUUUUACUGCUAAAUCAAAUAGGAUACAAUAUAGUGUCAUUUGGUAAUUUCGAUUAUUAGUUUGAUCUUAAGGGUAGGUCUUUGCUAAUCA